UCCGCCUGGCCAUUCUGCGAGCGCGGUGCCAAAGCGAUUCCUUGAGCCUUUCUGCGUGCGCACCCGUUGCGCUCUGCUGAUAGUGUUACUUGCGCGCCGGCACAACACUAUUUCAAGGAUCUGAUCCCGCGCAUCGCGGUCCUAACUUGCGCCAUUUGCCGCGAGUUAACCUGCGGCGUGCGCUCUGUUCUGCUCGACGACCGACCUACCCAGCGGCCAAUCAACCGAUCAACCUAACCGUCACUGGGCCAUUCACCUCCCUAAGGUCGCCGAAUACAUUCCGCAUGAUCAGUACACCAUGGACGACCAAACACUGAGCAAGCGCAUCCGGGAACUGGCCAAGGCCGUGACGUCGGAGCCGCCGUCGGUUGCCGUUCGGUUGCUCGAGCAGCUGAAGGAGGAGAAAGCGCCCACCGAGGAACAGCUUCGUUCCACCAAGGCCGGCGUCGCCAUCGGCAAGCUGCGCCAGAACCAGAACAAGGACAUCGCCCGACUGGCGAGCGAGAUCGUCUCCAAAUGGCGCAAGAACGUGGACGCUGCCAAGGACGCAAAGAAGCGUAAGCUCGAGCAAAGCAAAUCGCCCACCCCGAAGGACUCUCCCGCACCCCCGCCCUCCUCCUACAGCACGCCAUACCAAGGCGACCCCGAGAAGCGGCACUUCAAGGUCGACAACGUCGACAUCGCACGGACAGGCAACAAGGCGCGCGACGGUAGCAUCGGAGUGCUGUACAACGGCCUGGCGUACCGUGCGACCGAGUCGAUCGAGGAGGUGCUGCAGCGCGCCAUGGAGGUCGAGGCGGCCGCCUUCGCCGUGUACAAGGACACGCCCGAGUACCGCAGCAAGAUCCGCGGCCUCAUGACGAGCCUCAAGCGCAAGGACAACCCGGAGCUCGGCCGCCGCGUGCUCGGCGGAGAGAUCACGCCCGAGAAGUUCGUCGUCAUGACCGACGACGAGCUGGCCUCCGAGGCCCAGCGCGCCCGCGACCGCGAGCUGGAGCGCGAGAACAUGCUCAAGGCCCAGGUGCCCAUGGCCCAGAAGUCCAUCAGCGACUCCCUGCAGUGCAACAAGUGCAAGCAGAAGAAGGUCUCGUACAGCCAGGCCCAGACCCGCUCGGCCGAUGAACCCAUGACGACCUUCUGCGAGUGCACCGUCUGCGGGCACCGGUGGAAGUUCUCGUAGUAGGGCCUUCUCGUGCCUUGACUUCUUUUUUUUCCUCUUCUCGCUUUCCGUUUUUUUCGUAACUUUUCUGGUCUGAAGCACCAGGCGCGGUCUAUUUUGGGCCAUUUUCAGGUCGAAAAUUCACGGGGGUUUUAGGGAGGUGUUGCAUCAUGAAUGCUGCGCCCGCCUGCUGCUUGUGGUGGGCUCCGCACAGCCUGGCUGGCACCGUAGAGGAGGCUUGGAUCCCCUAACUGUGGCGGCAUGCAUUUACGGAGGCCAGGGGGCUUCCCUAUUCGUUCCUGCCUUGGCCCGGGCUUGAGGGGGCAACGGAGUAUUUGGUUUACGGAGUUUAGAGGCUCUGCUCCUACUAGA